AUGCUGCGGUGGAGCUGGCUAGUUUGUGCCACUCUCGUGGUGGCCGAGGAAGGAAAAUGGCCCACAUGUUUGGAGGGAGGUGUGGCCUAUACCAACCUGCUGGACAUUUCGGACGCCUAUGCGGAGCAUCGCUUGGUGCAGGAGCCGAACGGAGGCUACUUGGCCAACGCCAAGGCCUGUCAGGACAGUUGCAAAGUGGCCCCGCGCUGCAAGAAGUUUACCUUCAAGACCGGAUCCAAUCCGCCAGGUGCUUGCUUUUUGAUCGAUGCUACAGAUGACCUCACCCACCGAUAUACUGAGAACGAUGCUGUCAGCGGGUCGGUCUCGUGCAACUUUUCGGUGGUUAUCCCAAGCAUGACUCCUCCAGCCGGAGCUGCAGCAAAAGAGGCUGCAGCCAAGAUCUGGGAAGCAGCAGCAGGUGCGGCUUCCACAGGCAUUGCCGCAGUUGACACAGCAACUUCAGCAGUCGGAACUGCAGCCGCCAAGACUGGGGAAGCAGCAGCAGAUGUGGCUUCCACAGGCAUUGCCGCAGUUGACACAGCAACUUCAGCAGUCGGAACUGCAGCCGCCAAGACUGGGGAAGCAGCAGCAGAUGUGGCUUCCACAGGCAUUGCUGCAGUUGACACAGCAACUUCAGCAGUCGGAACUGCAGCCGCCAAGACUGGGGAAGCAGCAGCGGAUGUGGCUUCCACAGGCAUUGCCGCAGUUGACACAGCAACUUCAGCAGUCGGAACUGCAGCCGCCAAGACUGGGGAAGCAGCAGCAGAUGUGGCUUCCACAGGCAUUGCGGCAGUUGACACAGCAACUUCAGCAGUCGGAACUGCAGCCUCCAAGACUGGGGAAGCAGCGACAGGUGUGGCUUCCGCAAGCGGAGAAAUGCCGAUUGCUACGCCCAUUAUCCUGCCCGCCCCUGCCAAGAGCAAGCCUGCUGAUGUGGUGGAUGAUUCCGAGGUGGGCUGCCUUCGGAAGGGCGUGGUUCUCCAGGAUACCCUUCUUCCAGUUCCAGUACAAUGGACCUCUUCAGUCGCUGAGUGCCGGCAGAAAUGCCAAGCCUCCAAAGGGUGUAGCCUCUUUACCUGGAAGAAGAACACCAAGCCCACCGGCGGUUGCUGGUUGUUCCCGGAGCCAGCGGCUCCCAUGGCACAAAUGGCAGAUCCCAACGCCACCAGUGGCGCCAAGGAUUGUUCUUCACGUGGAGCCGUGGGCUUGGCCCAGGGCCCAGCCAAGAGCUUCAUAGCCCAAAGCCCCAGCGGGAUGAACUCCAACACCCUUUGGGCCGUCUUGGGCUGUGUGGCUGUCGCUGCCGCCGUGGCUGGGGUGGCGGCCUUUGCUUCCAGCUCCUCCGAGUCGAAGAAAGGGAAGCGCGGCUUAAAAAUUGCCGCGCAUGAUGAGGAAUCCGCGACCUCCAUGGCUCCAUCCCCCGUGUAUGCUCCUCCCUCUGCUAGGCCUCAGCCUGGACCGGGGCCCAUGGCAGCGCCCACACCGGGCUUUCAACCCGUGAUGUAUUUUCAACAGCCGCAGCUGCAUCAGGUUCAACCCGUACCCCAGGUAUAUUAUACACAAGUGCCUCAAUAG